UAAACGGGGUCUCUUAAUCCAACCAGCAGGGGGCGCUAGCUGCUACCAGUUAGCUGCUAAUGGACGUGACAGUUUAUUCUGGACUUUCUCCUGACGACAUGUGAGCUCGCUACUUUGCCAGUUAGUUGACUCUCCUCAAGCUGCUUAAUUAAACAAGUCAACCAUGAGCUACAGUGAUGGACAAUGCGCCGUGAGUUUUCUGUCUAAUUCGUCUUUCAGCCCAAAAUUUACUGUGACGACACAAACAUGGCCCCAUGUUUCUCCUCCAGCAGAGGUCCAGGCAGCCCACCCUGCCUCCUUACUCCAACAGGACCCUGCACCACCCCUCCUUUAUGCCUCAGUACAUGGCUGCAGCCUUUGCACACCAUCACACGGACUUUACAAACCAAACAGGUGAGUCAGUUUUUACCCACAUGUCUGUUUUUAAAGUUUCAGCUGAGCGCCCAUCCUCUCCUCUCUUCCCCAGUCCAUCCCAACAUCCCAGCAGAGUUCUUCUACACUGAUCCCACCAUGGUCUCUGGGAUCAGGAUCCCCAACAUAGUCAGUGAGCUGAGGGCUUUCGAUUGCUUCCAGCUCAACACUCCUCCACCAAUUAUGUCCGCCUGCCUGGCUCCACCAACCUGUCCUGACCCAUUCAGAUUAGCACCACACCCUACCCGGAAUCUGGGCAGCCUCACCUUGAAAAUAAACGCCCUCCACCCUCAAGUGCAGCCAAACCAAGUCAUCGUCCAGCUCACCCAGGAGGAGGACCAGGCCGUCACUAACCUACUGACACUGCACCACCAACAGCCGAUACAGAGUGAGGACACCCUUACUGGUCCGCAAAUGGACUUUUCCAUCUCGUUCCUUCACCCUGAACUUAUGGACUCGACGUCAGCUGAAGGAGACUAUAACUGUAGCGAUGUGCAGUAUCUGAAGGAGGCCAAUUUGCAAAGUGAGUUACAGCAGGGAAGAUGUUGGUCAGACACGGAGCUUGAGGCAGCCAACACCCUCUUGAGUUGCUUCAGCGUGAUGGAGAAGGACAAAAUCUGGGCGCAGAACUGCAAUACGUUGGCGGUAACACUUCCUGAUCCUGUGUCAUACCAACGUCACGAGGAUGCAUCAGUGAGCACUGGAACCCAACAAGAAUUUGAGACUUUACCUCUAUUAAUAACUAAUGAUUGUACCCAAAACAACGUUGGCUACGUCAGCUUCAGUUGUGCCAGGGAAGAAGGAGAACAAGGCUGGGGGGAUUUGGGGUUUGUGGAGGGAAGGGAUGCUGAUGUCCAUCUGCCAGUUGGCGAGUCGUCACCGUCCUCAGACUCUAAGGUAAAGAGCAGUUUGAGUGCCGCUGGAGGUUAUUUCAAAGUAAAGGAUUGGACGCUCUUAGAGUCUGAGGACGAUGCUGUGCAUGUGCUCUUGAGCCUCGGAGAGACAGGAGCAUUGUCUUAAACUUGAGGGUCUUCUCGUCCCAGGGUGAGUUUUUAAGGGACUUUUUCACUACCUUGUUCUCAUAAUGGAAGCGACCAGUUGAGGGUUUUUUGCAGUGGUUUAA